AAAACCACGAUUAUCAUUGAAUCCAGCACACUCAUAGCAAACGGAAACAUGAACUCCCUACUGAUACUGUUCUGUGCAAUCUGUUCGAUGGGCUUCGUAUCCUGUCAGGAGAGAUGCGACGGCCAGAACAGUUUCUGCUUCCCAAAUGUUGUGACGAACUGGAUCGGAGCGGCCGAGUACUGCAGCCGUAACAACUGGAGACUGGCCAUACUGGAUACGGAGCAGAAGCAGCAACAGGUGGAGACAUUGGCCCAGCAAGUGGAUGCCUUCCGAACGGCCAAAGUUGAACUGUGGAUCGGAGCGAGCGACUUGGCCAGGGAAGGAAAAUUCGUAUGGCAUCCCACCGGAUUGGACGUUAGCUAUUCGAAGUGGCUCGCGGGAAAACCGGACAACAAAGGCGGGCACGAGCACUGUGUCCAUCUGUGGUACGAGCCGUCGCGUCGUUUCCAGUGGCACUGGAAUGAUGUCGUUUGUGGCUCAACGCGUCGCUUCGUUUGCGAAAGGACGUAAGCUGAUGCAGUUCUUUGUUCCCGAAGUACCACUUACAAGGAAUCGCAUUGUCGAGUAUUCUUUAGUGGUUUCUUAGACAUUGUCGACCAGCGGCUGCUUUUAAAUAAAAAAAACAAA